GAGUUUCUAAAUCGUGCUGCGUGGGCAACCGUAGUGACGCGCGUAUCCUGGAGGAUGGCGGACGCCGGUUUGCGCCGCGUGGUUCCUAGCGACCUGUAUCCCCUAGUGCUCGGCUUCUUGCGCGACAACCAACUGUCAGAAGUGGCUAACAAGUUCGCCAAGGCGACAGGCGCUACCCGUCAGGAUGCCAACGCCUCUUCCCUCUUGGACAUCUAUAGUUUCUGGCUCAACAGGUCUGCUAAGGCCCCAAAGCGGAAGUUACAGGCAAACGGGCCAGUAAUUCAGAAGGCUAAGAAGAAGACUUCAUCCAGUGACAGCAGUGAGGAUAGCAGCGAGGAGGAAAAAACCCAAGUGCCUCCAGCUAAAAAGGCUGCUAUAGCUGCCAAGCAGGCCAGUCUUCCUCAGCAUCCUGGAAAGGCUGCAGCCAAAGCAUCAGAGAGCAGCAGCAGUGAAGAAUCCAGUGACGAGGAGGAGGAAGAGGACAAAAAGAAGAAGCCUGUCCAGAAGGGAGUUAAGCCCCAAGCCAAGACAGCCAAAGCUCCCCUCAAGAAAGCUGAGAACUCUGAUUCUGAUUCUGAUUCAAGCUCAGAGGAUGAGGCACCGAAGAACCAGAAGCCAAAGACAACACCUGUGACAGCUAAAGCUCAGGCUAGAGCCCCAUCCAAACCAGGAACGCCAGCUCAAGCAACACCUAAAGUAGCCAAUGGCAAAGCAGCUGGCAAUAACAGCAGCAGCAGCAGCAGCAGCAGCAGUAGUAGUGAUGACUCAGAGGAUGAGAAGUCAGCAGUCAUCUCUAAGAAGACUGUACCUAAAAAGCAAAUGGUGGCCAAGGCCCCAGUGAAAGCUGCUGUCGCCCCUGCCCAGAACAGUUCCAGCAGUGAAGACUCCUCCAGUGAGGAGGAAAAGGAGCAGAAGAAACCCAUAAAGAAAAAAACAGGUCCCUACAGUUCAGUACCCCCACCUUCUACUCCUCCACUAAAGAAGACCCUGGGGACCCAGCCUCCCAAGAAGGCUGCAGAGAAGAAACAGCCUGAGGAAAGCAGUGAGGACAGCAGUGAUGAGUCUGAUUCAAGUUCUGAGGAAGAGAAGAAGAAACCCUCAGCUAAGGCAGUUAUCUCUAAAGCAACCCCUAAACCAGCUCCAGCAAAGAAGGCAUCAGAGAGUUCUUCAGACAGCUCAGACUCUGACAGCUCUGAGGAUGAAGCUCCUGCCAAGCCAGUCAACACCACCAAAGGUCCCUCAAGUAAGCCACCUGCCAUUACCAAACAGCCUGCAGCUAAACCAGCUGCAACUCCCAAGCAGCCUGCAGGGAGUGGCCAGAAAUCUCUGCCCAGAAAGGCUGAUAGCAGCUCCAGUGAAGAGGAGAGCAGUUCUAGUGAGGAGGAGGAGGAGAAGAUAACAAAGACAACUGUGGCCACUCCCAAGUCCAAGGUGACAGCCAAAGCAGCUUCAUCUCUGCCUGCCAAACAGACCCCUCAGGGAGGUGGGGAUAGCAGUUCUGAUUCCGACAGCUCUAGCAGUGAGGCAGAGGAGGAAGAGAAGGCAUCUAACCCCCCCGUUAAAAGGACACUGCAAAAGGCAGCAGGAACUGUGACCCCUUCCAAGCCAGCUUCCAAAAAAAAAGUAGAGGCUGAGAGCAGCAGCAGUUCUUCCUCUGAUGACUCCAGUGAAGAGGAAGAGGAGAAGCCCAAGGGCAAGGCCACUCCAAAACCACAAGCUCCCAAGGCCAAUGGCACCUCUGUACUAACUGCCCAGAAUGGAAAAGCAGGCGGAGACAACAAUGAGGAGGAGGAUGCGGUGGCAGUUUCCAAGCCAGGAAAGAAGCGGAAGCAGAAUCCUGAGGCUGCCAAGGAGGCAGGGACUCCUCGAGUCAAAAAGCCUAAGCUCCAGACCCCCAAUACAUUUCCAAAAAGGAAGAAAGGUGAGAAAAGGGCAUCAUCCCCAUUCCGAAGGGUCAAGGAGGAGGAAAUUGAGGUAGAUGCACGAGUGGCAGACAACUCCUUUGAUGCCAAGCGAGGUGCAGUCGGAGACUGGGGGGAACGAGCCAAUCAGGUUCUGAAGUUCACCAAAGGCAAAUCCUUUCGGCAUGAGAAAACCAAGAAGAAGCGGGGCAGCUACCGGGGAGGCGCCAUCUCCGUCCAGGUCAAUUCCGUUAAGUUUGACAGCGAAUGACCUGGUAUCAUCUCUGGUGAAGCAGGGGUGCUGCUCCAGGACCACUCUCAUUGCCUCAUGGACCUGUAACCCUCAGCUGUCUUGGGGGAAGGUCUGGGUUAAGACAGCAGCUUAGAGUAAAUACUAAGACUUUGCAACGUAACAUCCUCUCUGGUCCUUUUCUGUGUUCCUAGUUUUGUACAGAAUUGUUUUUGAGUGUUGAGUAGCAGGGGCAUGCUAAGGGGAGUGUUAAUUUUUAAGAAAAUUUGUUUUAAUUCUCAUCCCUUUCUGCCUGUACUGUGGAAGUCCUCAUACUGAGAAAUUUAUAUAUUUUAUAUUAAAUCACUUCCUGUUGAUUUUUGUUACAAUUUUCAGAGGCGGGCUCCCACAGGUUAAGUUUUGCCCAAGGAGUAAUAAAGGUUGUGUGUAGGUUUUAAUAAUCUACGUAAAGGAGAUUUCUGCCUAUGUGAUUCACAUUUCAUCCUUCCCACCGCUCACAGCCCUGGUGAGGGGCAGUGAAAGCAUGGCUUAUUUAUACAUGUGUGUCACGCAUGCACUGUGCAGUUCAUUCGCAUUCCUGAGGUCUGGGACUGAAGUUUUCAGUCAGCAUGGACCUACCUACUUCUGGGGGAUAAAAUUCACUGUUUUGUGACAGGCAAAAUUCUCGUAUGGUAUGAACACCGUGGCUCAGUCUGAAUAUUUUGUUUGUGAUUUUAAUCACUAUUACAUAAUGUCUGUAAUAACAUUUUUGGGUUUUUUUUUGGAAGCUUAAAACUUUUUCUUUUGUUGAAAGGUAUUUUUUGACAACCGUUACUAGUAUUGAGUACCAAGUUCUUAAAUGUUAUAGUUUAGGUCACUGAUUACCAGAGAAGCUUUUAAAACUUUGAGGACUGCAUUUUCUCAUUUUUUUUUACAUUUAGAGAACAAAAUAACAUUAAUUUAUUCUGAAAGACACGUAUCACUUGGUAUUUCUGUCUUGGUAGCAGUCAUGACGUAAAAUUGUUCUUAUUGACUCAGAAAUAGUUGGGGAUCACUGAUCAAGAAAGUGGUGGUGGUGGUGGGGGGGACAAUUCAACUAUCUUUACUUAAAAAUCUCAGUCUUCAGUAGGAAUUAAUGUUACAUUAGGUGAGUUUAUAAGUGGCCUUUAUAAAACAUAUUAGCUAGUAAAAUGAGUAUAGUGGGGUUCAAAGAGCAUCAUAACAGGAUUUUGUGUCUGGUAGUUGGUACAUAGGAGUAAUUGGUGUGCCCCCUUAAGAAACUAAAAUGUCAGUAACAUUGAACUUAACAGUAACAGACAGCAAGCAGAGAUGAUGGGUGACACCCAGGGCAAGCUGGCUGAGUGUAAAGCUGUGACCGUAGGCAGUGCCCAGUCAACAAGUGAGGAGGGAAGAGUCAGCGAGCUCUGUGGAGGCUGGGCUAUCCCUGUGGUGGGAAAGUGUGUCCGAAGAUCUCAAGGAUGGGAUGUAGGACUUCAGGUUAACCUCCCUUUGUUUGGAUUCCAUGCUCCCUAACCUGAUAACUUGAUCCAUGAAACUGCCUCUAGGAAGAAGAUGCACUGUUCAUGCUGACAUAGCUACUUCAGUCUGCAUGGUGAAAGUUACAUGUCUUACUAUGAAAUAAUAAAUGAGCUGGUUUAUAAUGUGUCUUUGGGAGUAUUAUUGCAAGUGAGUCCACACCCUUUCUGCCUCCCACCAAACAAGACAACUUGGCUCCCAGUUUGAGGACUGGGGUCCACAUCUGGGUUCACUGCAGAGGCUUCUUGGCAGCAGCUUGCUGAGUCUGACUGGCAACACUUUUGCUCAUGGUGUCUUCCAGGCAGUAUUUCAGCCUGUGCAUAGUCUAAGUUGGGAGUUGGCCCAAGACUUAUUUUUGUAUUGCCUAAGAACUAAGAAUGAUUUUUACAUAUUUAAAGAGAUUAGGGGGGAAAAUAGGGUGACAGAGACUUGAUGUGGCCCACAAAGCCUAAAAUGUUUGCUAUCUGGCCCUUUACAGAAAAAGUUUGCCAUCACCUGGUCUAAAUCAGUGCUUCGUAAUACCGGCUUCAAAUUAGAAUUUUAAAAAACACUGACACCCAGGAUCCCAUUCCCAGGCCAGUUGACUUGUACUCCCUGAUGGGACCUGGGUGUUAGUAUUCCUUAAAGCAGACAGGUGAUUCUAAUGUGCAACUGGUGUUAAAAACUGCUAGUCUAAGAGUAUUUGAAAAGAAACAAACGAUAUUCCGCCCCCAUGCACGUAUUUCAAAUGUGCUUGUUAACAUUUAGUCAUACAAAAGUGGAAAUUAGAUUUCCUUCUCAUCUUAGCCCUGGUUCCUGGAGCCGGUUUCUUGUGUCUGCUUCCAGAGAGUGUCUGUGUGUGCAAUACUAUGUGUAUGUGUAUCCUUCCCACUUUUCCCUUGCACAAAUGGUAGUUUGCUAUGUACCUUGUUUUAUAACUUUUGAGCUGAUUUCAUAGCAGAACACAGCUUGUUUUUAAUGACCGCGCAUUACUCCAUUGUAUGGAAAUAGUAUGAAUAGUGCAUUAUUGGUAGACGGUGCGGUAUACGUGGAUAUUUUUAUAGGAAAAACUCCUAGAAGUCAUUGCUGGCUCAACAGGAUAUAGCAUUUAGCAUUUUGAUCAAGACAGCCCUCCAGAUAACUGAUUUGCAGUUCCAACAAUAAUUUAUGAAAAGUGUCGCUUGCUAGCACUAUUACCAAAUUGAUCUUUGGCACUUGGAUUAAUGGAAGUACUAUCUCAAUGUUGUUUUACUUUCCAUUUCUCUUAUAAAUGUAAAGCCAUUUGUAUUUUCCUUUCUGUUGAAGUGUGAUUGACUCUGUCCAUAUUUCAAUUGGAUGAUUUCUCAUAAUGGUUUGUAAGUGCUCUUGAUAUAUCAAUAGAAGGUCAGCCCUCAAUCAUGGGUUGCAAAUAUUUGUUUUUCUGGUAUUUUCAUUUUAAAAUGGGCUAUGAUAUACCUCCAUUAACUUUUCUCCUUAAAAGGGAUGAAUAAUUUGUGAGCUUACUGUUGAUGGUAAAGCUGUGGCUUGUUUUUUCUUUUGCAUUUGGUAAACAUAACCCUUCCCAGUCUUAGUUUGCUUAUUUAACUUAACAGACUUCCUUUCCCCCUUCGGUCUGGGAAAGCUGAACCUGCUACCUAUAUGCAUCUAAUGUGUUAUAUAAGUGAGGCAGUUUAGCAAAUUUUCUAGCACAUUCACUGAGAACCACUGAACUAGAUGAAACAGCCCAGAGUAUCAAAUAAUUUGCCUGGGGGUUGAUAAAACUGAAACUUAGCCUAUUGAGAUAAGAAUCCAAGUCUCUGUCUUCUGUCUAAAAAUCAAGCUACAUGUAUUCAAUAUUUUUUGAGUGUAUCAGUGAUAGAACUCCUUGAAAGCCGAAAGUCUAGUGAGGGAAGUCAGGCAUUAUGCCAUACAGAGCCCUGUCAAAUGAGGGCACCAGAGGAACACCCCAAGGGAAUAAGCAGGAAAAGACUUGGUUUACCCUGGCCUAGGAUUCUGAAGAGAGAGCAAUUUGCCAGGUGUGAGAAAGCACAUACUACGCAAGGAAGAGGAAGUAUUUUCCUGUGGGAGAAGGAGACCUUUAGGAAUAGCAAACUGCUAGUGCAGAGACUAAAUGUGGAAAAAUGCAAGCAUUUCUGAGUGGCACAAGUAGAGGGUGCGUGGGAGGUGGGGACAAUAUAAUGCAAAGUCUGACAGGAUUCAAUGGCCUUUUGUACCCAGAUCAGGACUUAGCACUUUAUUUUGUUUACCUGAGUAUAUUAGGAGCUUGAUAGUUCAGUGCAGUGUUCCUGGUGCUAAUACUGCUUCUGGGAAAGCAGCGUUCCUUGGUAAUUCACCACCAGGAGUUCUCAGGUGCCCUGCUUUCCGCAGUGGCGGCUCAAACUGCAGUUACUAAAGAGACCAGUAGGUGGGGCCCUUGCCCGUUGUGUCGAGAGCUGAACUAAACUGUUGAACCUUGACAUUCUCCUUCCUGCAAUUCCAGUCAACAAACUCGGAGCACCUGCCUUGAGCCUUUGGAUACAGGGAUGAAUAAGACACAGGCCCUCCUUUGAGGAUUCCUGGUUCUGGAAAGUGGAGAAUGGGUUAGGUCUGGAUCCUUUACUAUUUUCCUUGCCCUGUUUGCAGAGGGAAAGAGACCCAAUUUAGAGACCCAAAAUGAUGUCUGUGUGUAAGAUGAUGCAGAAGAUACCCAUGAUCCUCUUCUUUCCUUACGGGGCCUAGGAAAAGGGAAAGAAGUUCUGGUGUAGGGACCAAGGGAAAAGCCUUGGAGGAAAGGGGGAUGAAGUUUCUUCAUUUAUUUGAAUAUUUGAAUCAAAACUUAUUGGGUGUCUAAUAUGCCAGACAUUGGUCCAGGUGCUGGGGAUAUAGCCAUGAACAAGCUAGACAAAAAUCACUACCCUCAUGGAGCUCACAUUCUUGUCUGGGGGAGGAAGACAAUAAAAUGUAUGAAAGAACCAAAAGGAUGAGUCAGUGGAAGGGUCAGUCUGGAGCUGAGAGGCCAAGCCUGACCUUUUAUACUUGGCAGGUAUGAGUCUAUUUUCACAAAGUGUACAAGGAGUCACACUGCCUUAUUUUCAUCAAAUCUGAGGGACUCUGAUCCCACUUCCUACUCCUCAUCAUCUCCUUCCCCAAGCUGGUUAACAAGGUCCCUGAGUCUUAAGCAUCAGGAAACAUCCAGGGACGCCUGUCUAUGAGAAGCCACCUGGUACCUGAAAGCCAGUGGCAGGUAAUGUUCCUUGUAGAGGAACCUUGAUAUCCAUCAUGGUGCCCCCAACCUCCCCCAGGCCUUGACAGGGCUCUGGGUUUUUCACAAAGUGGGGCAUUCACUGAGAUGGGAGAUGCUGGAAAAGCAGUUUGGCACAUGUUUGAGGUACUUUGGAGUCACCUAAGUGAAAAUGUUGAGGAGUCAGUGGAGAUUUUUUCAUCUAGAACUCAGGGAAGGGGUCAGGACUGGGGAUACAAAUUAGGAUAUCAUCAGUGAAUAGUUUUGAGACAGCAGAGUGGUGAGAAGGGCAUUGAAGCAGGAGUUUGGAGUCCUGGAUUCUAGUCCCUGUCCUGCUGUGGACUCACUGGUAACUUUGGGCAACUCACUUCCCUUUCUGGACUGUCAGUAUCUCUAUUUGUAAAAUAAUGACAUUGCUGCCUGACUUUCCAAAAUCUUGUUAGCUGCUGUGCAGUUGGCCCCGGCUCAUGCAGACAUCAUGCACUAUUGAAGUAACCGGUGUGAUUUGUAAGGUUUUCAUUGGCUGACUUUUGGAAGUAGAUCACCAGGCCUUUCUUCCUAGUCAGUCUUGUUCUGGAAGUGAAACCUGUUCAGCAUUGUAACAACAUGCAAGCCUCCACUGACGGGUGAUGGUUGUGUAUGAGGUGCACUGACAGGCAAACUCAGGUCUCCUGCAUGGACGGCAAGAAUCCUACCACUGAACCUCUACUGCCCCCAUAAACCUGUGGCUGCUGAGUCGAUUACAACUUGUGUGUCAGAGUACCACAUGUAUGUCAGAACAGAACGGUGCUCCGUAGAGCUUUCAAAUGGCUGAUUUUUGGGAAAGACAUCACCAUGCCUUUCUUCUGAGGUGCUUCAGGGUGGAUUUGAACCUCCAACCUGCAAAUUUUUAACCUGCCAACAUGGUUGGCAACUGUCAUGGAUUGAGUUGUGGCCCCCCAAAAUAUCUGUCAACUUGUCUAGGCCAUAAUUCCUAGUGUUGUCCAUCAUUUUGUCAUCUGAUGUGAUUUUCCUAUGUGUUGUAAAUCCUAUCUCUACGAUGUUACUGAGAUGGAAUUAGUGGCAGUUAUGUUGAUGAGGCAGGACUCAAUCUACAAGAUUAGGUUGUGUCUUAAGCUAAUCUUUUUUGAGAUAUAAAAGAGAGAAGCCAGCAGAGAGACAUGGGGAUCUCAUACCACCAAGAAAACAGUGCUUUGGACCCGGAGUUCCUGCACAGAGAAUCUCCUAGACCAAGAGAAGAUUGACGAAAAUGACCUUCCUCCAGAGCCAACAGGGAGAGAAAGCCGCCUCCUGGAACUGGCACCCUGAGUUUGGACUUCUAGCCUACUAGAUGGUGAGAGAAUAAACUUCUGUUUGUUAAGCCAUCCACUUGUGGUAUUUCUGUUAUAGCAGCACUAGAUAACUUAAGACAGCAGCUGAGCAUGUUAACCAUUUACACCACCCAGGACUUCUAGAAUCCUGUUAACUUCUUUGAAACCAGGCUGGUUUAUGGAGUUUUUAGCAGGAGAACAAACCUUUUAGCAAGUGUCCACAGAGAAAGGGCUCAGUGUUACUCUCCUACACUGCUGGUUGGGGUGUUAAUUGAUAAAACUAGUUUGGAAAGAAAUUUGGCAAUAUCCUCUAAAGAUCAACAUACGCAUGCCCAAUGACCUGGAGGAAAUCCUGGUAGUGCAAUGGUUAAGAGCUACAGCUGUUAACCAAAGGGUCGGCAGUUCAAAUCCACCAGGUGCUCCUCGGAAACUCUAUGGGGCAAUUGCACUCUGUCCUGUAGAGAUGAGUUGGAAUUGACUCGACGGCAACAGAUUAGUUAAUGACCUAGAAACUCUGAUACUAGGGAUAUACACUGCCUAGGGAAAUUUGUGUAUAUGUGUACCAGAGAUAUCUACAAGAAUACCUAUAAGCAACAUUAUUCAUUAUAAUGGAAACAACUCAAAUGUCUUUCAGCAUAGAAUGAAUAAAUUGUGCUGUAUUUAUACAGUGAAACACUGUAUAGCAAUUAGAAUGAACAAACUACAAAUACAGCAACAUUACAUUUAUAAGCAAUAUUGAGCAAAAGAAGUCAAAUGAAACAUAUUUAUAUAUACAUAUACACAUGUCAAGGGUUUCAUUUUACUUGGCUCCAUAAUCAACACCCAUGGAAGCAACAGUCAAGAAAUAAAAUGACCCAUUGCAUUGGGCAAAUCUGCUGCAAAAGACCUCUUUAAAAGUGUUGAAAACCAAACAUGUCACUUUUGAAGACUAAGGUGUGCUUGACCCAAUACAUGGUGUUUUCAAUCGCCUCAUAUGCACGCGAAAGCUGGAUGAUGAAUAAGGAAGACCGAAGAAGAAUAGACACCUUUGAACUGUGUUGGCGCAGAAUAUUGAGUAUACCACGGGCUGCCAAAAGAACGAACAAAUCUGUCUUGGAAUAAUUAAAACCAGUAUCCUCCUUAGAAGCAAAGAUGGCAAGACCACAUCUCACAUACUUUGGACGUGUUCUCAGAAGGGAUCAGUCCCUGGAGAAGCACAUCAUGCUUGGUAAAGUACAAGGUCAGUGAAAGAGGAAGACCCUCAGCAAGAUGGAUUGACACAGUGGCUGUGACAAUGGGCUCAAGCAUAACAACGAUUGUGAGGAUGGCCCAGGACUGGGCAGUGUUUCGAUCUGUUGUACUUAGGGUCACUAUGAGUCAGAACUGACUCGAUGGCACCUACCAACAACAAUAACAACAACAUACAGACACAGUAUGAUUUUGUAUAUAUAAUAUUCAAAAUCAGAAUUAAACUAUAGUAUUUAGACAUGCAUAUUUAGAUGGUGAAGUUAUAAAGACUAGGGAAAUGAUUACCGUGAGAAUCAGGAUACUGGUUACCUUUAGGGGAACGAGUGAUUGGGAAGUGGUAUAAGGGGGGCAUCUAGGGCACAGACAAUGUACUAUUUCUUUAAUUGCGUGGUACUUUAGAAUAAUUCAUUAAGCUGCACAUUUAUGCUUAUUGUAUUUCACCAUAUAAAAAGGGUAUUUUUAAGGAGGACUCUGUUUACUUGCAACAGGUGAAAUGGGGAGAAACCUUAGGGAAAGAGAAGGGUGGGGGACAGAGCAAAGGUGGGUAAUAAGACCAAAGGGAAAGGGUGGCUAUGGGGGCCGUGAACCCUAAGAUGUGUUCCCAGAGACUCUUAGCAGAAGGAGACCAAACUGCAUCUGCAAGCCCAAGCAAGAACUCCAGGUUACUGGAGGGAUCACCAGAGAGCAGGACCGAGAAAGCAGUCCCAGGUACAAUGAUGCUGAGCCAUCAUUAGUGCCAAAGCAACUACAGAACAAGGCAGGGUCCUGGGGGGUUCUAAAAGGUUUUGUUUCCUCUUUUACAGCCUAUCCUGAGGAAGGCAGCAGAGUGCAAUGGAAAGGACCAAAUGGCCCUGUAUUUUAAUUCCAGCACUACUAGUUGUGUGGUACUAGGCUGUAGUACUCUGUUGGUUUCAUCUCAGCUUCCUUAUGUGUAAAUAAUAAUAAUAAUGAUUAAGUGCUUACAACAAGCCAGGCACUAUAAAUUUUAUAAGCAUACCUCAUGUAAUCCUCAUGACAACCUUGUGAAAUAUUAUUCAUAUUUUACAGAAGAAGAAAAUGAGGCAAAGAAGGGUUAAUUACUUGUCUGAGUUUACACAGACAGGUAGAGCUGAGAUUUAAAUCCAGCCAGUCGGACUCCAGAAUUCAUGCCCUUAACACUAUGCUACAGUUGCCUAUAAAAUGGAGGUAAUAAAAUUCAUAGUGCGGGACUGUCUAUGGAUUAUAGACAAUUAAUGUAAAGUGGCUUUCACCUAGUAUUUGUUUUUUAAAGUGCUAUUUCAAAGAGAAAUUUGAAGAAGCUCACUAAUAAGGCGUUAAAACCAUUAAAAUAGAUGAUUUAAAACAUAAAACAUAGGAGGAAGUAACCAUCAUAAACUUAGGUCGAUACAGUUAUUGACUUUGAACAUUAAAUUUAACUCAGAGGCUCCUGGCAGCCAAAGCAAAGAGGGGACUAUAAUAGGUUUGAUAAUUAUCCCCAAAAGAUAAGGAAGCAUAUAGAGACACAACUAUUCCUGGUGGUACUUAAUUCUAAAAAAAAAAAAAAAAUUGUCAUAAAGGUCCUUAUUAUAAGAGGCUUGAAUAAUUAUGGACAAUGUCUUGAGCAAUAAUUUUACAAAAAAAUCAUAAAUGCUUUUUUGGUAACACCAAUGUUUUCACAACAGGUUAAAAGCUCUGAAUAUAAUACUGGGACUGCCUUUCUUUUCAAGUGAAUAUUUGAAUCUCCUUUCAGAUGUAUACUUUACCUUGUUUACUGGGACUCCACUUGUUUUUGAAAUGUAUAUUUGGAGUAUUUUUCAAAAAUUAUAUUUUAUCGUAAUUACUAUUACACGUUUGCCACCAUUUUCAAAAUAUAUACUGAAUUCAUUUUCAAAUUUACAUCAUCAGUCUUUGGGAAACUUAUUCACUUGGGAAGACAAGGGCUUCUUUUACCUGUGUAUCCCAAAAUGAUUUCUGAAAAGGUUAGGGGAGGCAGCAGAUCUUGAGUUCGCUUCUGUAUCAGAGAAUCCUUAAAACUGAUGUGUUAAGAAAUAAGGUGAAGUAGUCACCCAGCUGCUGAUGGGUGGAAGCUCUUCUCACUUCCUGCAGGCAUAUAUCUUAGUAAAUGGCAAAAGCCAUGUUUCAAAAAAUUCUGAAUUGUGAAGGUAUUUCAAUAACGUUAUAAUGGAAUAUGAAGCAACUGUUAAAAAGAAUACAAUAAGGGUGUUUGCUUCAGUAGCAUGUAUACAAAAAUUGGAAUGGUACAGAGAAGAUUAGCUUGGCCCCUACACAAGGAUAACAUGCAAAGUGUUGAAGAGUUCCAUAUUUUUAAUUAUAUAUCCAGCAAAACUCUCUCAAAUAUGAAGGUGAAAUUAGGGCAUUCCCAGAUAAACAGAAAUUAAGGGAAUGUGUAAAAACCGAACCAAAAUUGCAAGAAAUACUAAAGGAGGUCCUUCAGCUAGACAAUCAAUAAUAUCAGAUUACAACCCAAGACUAGAACACAGGACAGAACAACAAGAUAUAAACCCAGAUAUGAAAGUCACAAAAAUAAGUCAAAGCUAAAACACUGAAAAUGGGGAAAUAGAGAUGUCGUUAUAUAAAAGAUGACAACAUCAAAAAAAAAAAAAAAGGAGGGACUAAAU